GACUUUUUUGUUCAAAUACCACUACACACAAGCCGGUAUGCAGGAGUAAACGUCAAAUCAAAAUUCAAAACAUUCUGUGUUGUUUGGUUCCUGUGCUAUACUGUUUCGCUUUCGCUGUGUUUUUGUAUGCCGCAAACGAAUCAAACGUUGAAAUAUUGAUUUAUCGUCAUUGCAAUUCCUUACGGAAUCCAUUGUAAAAUAUGAGUGCCAAAAAGGAACCUGAAACAGUUGGUUUUUGGCUACCGAACCAGUGCUCCGCUAAAAUGGACGUUUUAACACCGCACAAGUUAGCGGUGGUUUUUCUCAUACAAGAAUAUUUGUCGCUGAAGAAAGCUGUCGAGGAAAAUGUCCAGUUGGACUUCACAGCGCGUGACAGACGAAGGUUUUGCCUUCUACUGCUUAAGCUGAUUCAGUAUCCGGAUAUGGCCUACAAGGAUUUGUACGGAUUGCUUACCUCACCGGUCUAUGGGAUACAUCGAACUCAUUUAGAAGAGUUUGAAAAACUCAUGAAGAUGUUGAAGACAGUAGGAAUAGAGGUUUUGUUUGAUCUGUAUAAUGUGAUUGAUAAGCUGAUUACCGACAAUGCCAGUAGUUACCAGAUCGGAAUAGUAGGUCUUUACUUUCGGCGAGUCUAUAUAACACUCGAUAAAAUGAGCUUUCCAGAGUUUAUGGCACUGUACAAAAAUUCUGUGGCAUACUAUGAGAAGGGUGUCAGAGCGGUUCAAAUUAGCAGCAGUUCUUUCACCAACAACGAAAGCUUUAUGAAACUUGAGGCGCAAGCAAUUUACAAAGACAGAAGUUCGACUUGUAAAUGGUCUAUAAAGCAAUCGGAACUAUUCGUUGCUCAACAAAGCUCGUUGUUACAGAACAAUGAAAUCAAUGCCCUUAGUCCGAAAGAAAUGCAAGCGAGAUUGAAUGAAAUUAUCCAUGACCAUCCAUUGUAUUCACAGGCUUAUUUUUUGACAUACCUAAACAGUGUGAGAGUGAGGGACUUCUUCAACGCAAUUGACGCAAUACACAGAUCUUUCGAUAGAAGCACACUGAAUUCACUAGCCCUUGUUCAGGAUAGCAAGGAAUAUCAAUACUCAGCGUUGAAUUUAGCAAUUUUACAUGCACAAUUUAAUCAUAACGAGGAAGCACUGGCAAGCAUCAAAGAAUGUAUAAUGUUAGCACAGGAAAACAGUGACAAAAUAUGUCUACAAUUGGCUCAUGCGUGGCUCUGUUUGUUAGAUAAUAGUAAAUCGCAGUUUUCAGAGAAAAAUAUAGCCAAUAAAGAGCUUAUAACUCUGGUGCAUUCCAUAUCCCUUGGAAUCCAGUCAUUGGUAAAAUCGUCAGCAUCGACGGGUUACACUCCGGCGAAGCUUUUUGAGGUAUUACUCAAAAGUGAUAUUCUAAAUUGUCAAACAUCUAUGAUGGAUUUGAUUGCUAAUGGCAUUGCAGAACGUGCAGCACUUUGGGCUAUGUAUGGUAAAAAUGAAGUAUCGUCGCUUUGCUCCCAGUUGCUUCUAAAUUCCGAUCUGAAAUCACUUGGUAAAACAUUCAACGGUGAAGGGAUAUGUCAAGCUCUGUGCUCGUUAAUAAUAUGGCUAGCUAUACAGGGCGAGUUUAAUUUAGCCUUAACAGUUUUGAAGCAUACACGGGAGCGAUUCCCGCGGUACCCUCUGUCGAAAUCAUGGAUGACGGCUGACUACUACAUUACCUCAAUACAGGCUAUAUUUCGUCACGAUUGGACAGAAGCUAGUAAUGCUUGCUAUCAUCUUUAUACCUUAGACAAGCAUCUCUCCCUACUGCAGAGAGCAUAUCUGUCACUUACACGGCUCAAUUUCAAAUCAGCUGACACGCUGUCACGUCAACUUUUGGAUGAUGAUACAAUUGAACCGCUCACACGGGUCAGGGCCCUUCUGUUGACUGCACACAUUUUGAUCCCUUCUCCUGAGACAGCCAAAAUGGAAGUCAUCAAUGUUCUAAACGAGGCUUUAGCCAUUGCCAAUAAAAAUUAUUUGGACUACGAAAAAGCGCUAAUCGAAAUGCAUUUCUCCUAUGUGCUCUUCACGAUGAAAUUACCACACCAAGCACUGAAAGCUGUCAAGAACUGUUUGGAGAACAUUCUGGCUAACGGUGGAAUCUACGACAAAGCGAAGGUUCUGUUCUUGUUCGUGAAAUGCAUCUUAGCCGUUGAACAGGAACCCGUCAAUAAGCUAGCGAAGAUUGAUAAGUGCUUACCAAUGCUGGAACAAGCCGUAGAGUACUUACAAAAGUUAGAAUGUUACGUAAAAAUGAAGGAUGUCUACAUUUUUCUAGCUACCUUGUAUAACGAACUAGAGAUGAGGGAAGAACGUAACAAAUAUGCAUACAAAUAUCGGCAAAUCGAAGAGCAGUUUCCUACACCGAGCGAGUAUCUGAAUAUGUUCUUCUAGCUUUGAUUGAAGAGUA